UUCUCUCUGGCCUGUGCUCUUUCCGUAUGUUUUACUAAUAUUUGGCCUAUAAUAUUCUGCAUAAUAUUUUGAAUCAUCAUGUCGAAAAAUCACAAAGAUAAUGAAACUUGCAUCGAGGAUGAUGCACGUGGUAAUGUCGGCAACUGUGUUCCUGCACAUCCUGCUGCAUCACAAAGGGGCAACCAAGGUACCAAUACCAUUUCUAUUGAGAAAUUAGAAGGCACCAAAAACUACUGUAAUUGGAAGUUACAAAUGAAAAUGGUGCUGAUAGACGCCGGGUUGUGGCACUGUAUAGAGCCAGGAGAAUCUGUGCUGUUUGGGGAUGACGAACGAGCUAUCGCCAAAAUUUGCCUUAACCUGCAAAGCAGUGUUUAUCCAUAUGUUAAGAACGCUAAAACCGCCAAAGAUGUAUGGAAAAGUUUAGAGAGGGCGUAUGAAAACAAAGGCAUAAGUCGUCGACUGGCCCUAAAAAGGGUCUAUACAAGAUUCAAUGUGAGACAUUUCCUUCAUUGGAGAAAUACAUUACAAAAUUAAUUGAUGCAUCACAACAACUUGCUGAAAUUGUUUGUGUGAUAGAUGAUGAAGAGAUAGCAGAAAUCAUACUAAUCGGAUUACCUGGCGAGUUUGACCCACUAAUAAUGAUAUUUGGAGUGCGGUGGAAGCGGCGCAACCACUCCUCGUGGGCCGACGACGCCACGGGCGAGGCUCACUCCACCGACCGCUACAUGACCACGAAAUCAUGGAACACCUGUUCUAUGGAAGCGAAGAAGAUUCUUCGGAGGAGGGGGACGAGGACGCGCUGCCGAUCCCGCGCGGUACGGGCGUUUCUCGAGGAAGAGGGGGCUGCACCAGCGGCCCUUGAUUUUUCAUGGCCUCCUCCACUCUUCACCCCCUCCGUCAAGCCGGCUUCGCAGCCAUCAAGCCAGUGGCCCCGGUCCUGGAGUCAGCGGUCCCAAUCCCGGAGUCAACGGCGUUAGAUAAAUUUGACUUUCAGAGGAAAGCUUUCAGUAACCUCAAAUCGCAAUAAUUUCGUAAAUAAAAUUCGUACAUAAAUAA